GCAACCCUGUCAGAUCGUCUCCAGUAGAAGCGAGUGCUCUUGACGAUUUGUCUUUAAGAAACACAUCUGAAUGUUCCCUGCGACGUUUUUUUUUAAAAAAUUAUGACAAUGUCGAAGGAACCCGUAGUCCAGUUUGGUGUGUUUUACGUAUUACUGCUUCCAGGUGUUUUCGGUUUUGUUCCUUCUCCAACAAACGUCAGUGUUGUUUGUCACAACUUUGUGAAUGUGUUGUACUGGAACUACAGUAAACCGACUGAACAGCUGAAGUUCAGUGUGUUGGUCAAACCUUAUGAAAGUGCUUCCCGAACAGUUGACACCUCUCAGACGUACCUGGAUAUCAGCAGCUACAGCGGAGAUGUGGGGGAUGAUUACUUUGUGUCCGUGACGGCGCAUGAUGGGCAGGAGAUAUCAGAGCGUGCCUCCAUUAGAUUCACCUACAGCAAAGACUAUUUUAACAUAAACACACAUAAAUAUAAAUGCUCUUUGGACUUCCCAGCUGUAAAUACGUCAGUCCACAAACAUAUGAUUAAAGCCUCCUUUCAGCACCCUUUCAUGCUUCAUAAGCAAGUCACACUGAAUGGAGAGUUUGUGUACACUAUCACACAUGAUGAGCGAAAGUUUUUAUACUCGUGUUUUGAGGUUGAGGAGCUGUGCACUGCAGAGAUCUACCUGAACCAAAGCGCAGCUGGACAGCGUGUUGAGCUGAAGUUUGAAGGGAAGAUUGCUGGCAUUCAUUCAUAUACCUACAGAAACGUUUCCAUACCUCGGCAGACGCCAGAGACCGACAACACAGGAAUAAUCGCAGCUUUGCUAGGCGGAGGGACCAUUGUGCUCUCCAUCAUCAUUGGCUUCGUAUGGCUGCUUUGGAGGAAAUGGUCCAAAAUCCCCAAAAUGCCUCAUUGGUGCAUUAUCCCCAGGCAAUAUCAUACAAUGCUUGUUUCCCAACCUGAGAUGACAGACAUUUCUCCAGUGACAUCACAGGGACCCCCCAGUUCCCCAGUUGAGGAAGACUGCAAAACAGUCUUAACACUUGACGGCAGCGUAAUUGAUCACCCUGAGGUUUCAGCAGAGGACAUGGAUUUUGAAGACUCUGGUAGCUUUGGCAGGUCGUCUGACUACGACAGUCCUAAGUUCCUGCAGGAGAUGAGUCCGGGGGACAGUACUGAGGGAUACGGCCCUCGACCACCAGUGCUUUAGGAUGUAAGAAUUUCCAUUUCUUGUGGAAAGAUGGCCUGUUCACACCAAGUCAUUGUAAUACUUUUCUGGUUUGUUUACAAUUUUACACACUGAUCUGUAGUAGGCUUGUUGUGUGCACUGUUACAAAACUACAUCAGACCCAUUAAAAUCAAAGCUGUCUACAGGCAGUGACAUCUGGUUCCCAAAGUGCCGUGGUGAGUUUCCCACUAACAUGCAUUAAAAUAAAUAAAUGUUAAUAUUAAGGCAAUCUACACAGUACACUGCAACAAAAAAUACAGACAAUCAACACAUAUUUCCCGUACACUGGUCAGUAUUGUUACAGGCUUUUCUUCGAGUGUAGUCAUUAUGCCACAAUGAGAAUUUCAGCUGCAGUAACUUUGCCAAACUGAAUAUAUCUCUUGAUGAUGCCAAUAUAUGCACCUUUCUAGGCAGUGGUCUAUUGUUACAUUUGUUCUGUAUUUGCUGUGAUAACACCAUACUCAUCUGUGUACUAAUUGUUAAAACUUCUCUGUAAAAACUUCUCUGUAAUUGUACAACUCUAUGGCUAUAUAGAUGUUAUACGCUGUAGGUACAUUAAUACAACCUGAAUUCCAGAAAUGUUGGGAAUUGGGGAGUCUUUUAGUUUAGUUUUUAUUUUAAUUUUUAAAAAAAUGUAUGGAAUUAAAAAAUAUUUCUGAAAUUCAGGUUAUAUAAAAGAAAAGUAAUGCCUAUAAAGUGCCUGUUAUUUUACAUAAUACACUUUUAUUUAAAGCACUUCUAUUGUUACGGAAAAUGACAAUGCCAUGUUUUGCUAAUCAUACAACGUAUUCUCAUUUACAUAUUGAUUGUUAUUGAAGAAGCAAAAAUAACAUCAAAUAUAUUUCAUGCAUACAUUUGAUCAGUAUGGGCAUUUACAGAAAAUUGCACUCAUGGCCUCACUGUUGCAGGUACCAUAGUUUAACAGUGGAGUCUGCUGUAUAUAUAUGUGUGUGUCAAGUAUAUGCACUUUCAUGUCUGUUUAAUGUUAAUGUGAAGUUGUAAGACAUUUUAAUUACAAUAAAUUUAUUGAGUCGAUGCUUCAUUCCUUCA